CCUUUCAGGAAGAGGUCACACUGUAUAUACUGGUGUAGUGGUAAAAAGUUUAGAUGAAAUUGUAAAAUUCACUGAAAAAACAAAUGUCUUCUUUGGAAAAAUGGAUGAGGAACAAAUAAGAGGCUAUAUAGCAACUGGAGAACCAAUGGACAAGGCUGGAGGGUACGGAAUACAAGGGGUGGGAGGCUCAUUCGUGGAACGCGUAGAAGGAGAUUAUUUUACUGUAGUCGGCUUACCAUUGUUUAGGCUUUGUUCCGUGCUGUAUGACAUGUUUAAACAUGAAAUUUUACUAUAA